AUGACAGCCAGAACACGAUACACCCGCGAGGAGCUCGAGGAGUACUUCAACCGCGUCUGUGUCCCCUCCUCAAAGCGCAUCUACAACAUCAGCACUCUCUCUGAAGACCAAAAACUCGACUAUCUCACUCUCCUAACAAAACAUCAACUCUGCAAAGUCCCCUGGGACAACCUCGUCCAGCACUACUCCUGGCACGCCGUUGUCCACGUCACUCCAAGACACCUCUUCAAGAAAAUCGUUCGCCAUCCCGGCCGCGGCGGGUAUUGCAUGGAAGUGAAUCUCUUUUUCCACACCGUCCUCCUCAGUCUCGGCUUCGACGUCUACCUCACCGGCGCCCGCAUCUACGCCGCUCCCAAAAAGUCAUACGGCGGCUGGACCCACGUCGUCAACCUCGUCACAGUCAACUCCACUCAGCACCUCGUCGACACCGGCUUCGGCGGACCGGGACCAUGUCGACCCAUCCCGCUCUCAGACGGCACCGAGCAUCCCCAAGUCGCUCCCGCCGAGAUGCGUGUCGUCUACCAAUCUCUCGCCCAAAACCUCACCGCCCAAAAAUUCUGGAUCUACGAAUCCCGCUUCGACGACAACGCACCCUGGGUCCCAUGCUACUGUUUCUCCGAACUCGAAUUCACGCCCGAAGACAUCUCGUCCAUGAACUUUGCCCCCUCGACAUCACGGCACACCUUCUUCACGCACAAAGUCGUCGCCGUGCGCUUUACGACCUCCCAGGAACGCAACGGAUCCAGCGGCACAGGCUCGCCCUCGGAAAGUUCGUUGGAAGGAGAGAUUGAUGGCGCGAUUACAUUGAAUCAGAAUGUGUUGAAAUGGAGACGGAACGGGAAGAAGGUUGUUGAGUGGCACUUUCAGAGUGAAGAGGAGAGGGUCAGUGCGUUGGAGAUGUAUUUUGGAGUGACGUUUGAGGCGGAGGAUCGGGAGGCGAUUGAGGGCACAGCGGCGGCGUUGGGACAUGGAAGGGCGUUGCCGGAGCGGGAUUAG